GGGCGAGGGGGCUACAUGGCGCAUGCGCACCUAACAGGAAAGUCAUCGCUCGUAAGCAUGUCUGAAGAGCAGAGCGGAGGCCCCAGCCCCAGAGAGCCCCUGGGGCGGUGCUACGAAGCGCAGCGGGACUUGGAGCAUGCCAUCAGCGGAGUCCUCCUGGCCGAGCAUCACCUCAAGGACAACCUGAGAGAGGUCAAAGCUCAGAUUCACAGCUGCAUAAGCCGUCACUUGGAAUGCCUGCGCAGCCGCGAAGUCUGGCUGAAUGAGCAGGUCGACCUCAUCUAUCAGCUCAAAGAAGAAACACUUCAACAGCAAGCCCAGCAGCUCUACUGGCUGUUGGGCCAGUUCAAUUGCCUGAUUCACCAGCUGGAAUACACCCGCAACAAAGAUCUGGCCAACCAAGUCUCCGUCUGCCUGGAGAGGCUGGGUGGUUUGACCCUCAAGCCAGAAGAUUCAGCCACUCUCCUGUUCGAAGCGGACACGACCUCUCUGCGCCAGGCCAUCACGUCUUUUGGGGCUCUGAAAACCACGCCAACUCCUGAACCGAAGAUGAUCCAUGCUGCAGCGGCACCUCUUGGGCCCAUCGUUCCGCAGACCUGCGCAGCAAGACCGGAGCAGGUUCCCUCUUCGGCGCCCCUGGCCCCCCUGCUUAAUGAUUGGCUCCUGGGGGGCCGCCCUGCUCCCCCCCACCAGGCCGGGGGCCUGCCCAGCACCGAUCUCCGGGACUGGCUCAGCAAGAAGCAAGGCGGCCUGGUGAGCGGCCAGGGCCCCAGUACCUCCAAAACUUGCAGUUUCAACAUCAGCAAUAUCUGGGGCAACCUGAAAGGCUUGGAAAACUGGCUGCACAAGAGCCAGCAGCGAAACCUUCCCGAGAAAAGCGGCCCCGCGAGGCGCCACAGCCGCAGCUCCGUCGAGCCGGAGCCGACGGAAGCCCCCGAGCCGGAGCGGGACGAAGUGGACCUUUCCGCCUGGCUGGUGACCCCCCGAGGGGCUGCCGCAGAGAAGCCCAGCCCCUUCUUCCCGCCUUUCCACGACGCCUUCGAUGCCAACGAUUGGCUCCUCAAGGCCGACUCCUGCACCAACUGCCGCGGCAACCGGCCCAAAGCCAUCGAGAUCGAAAACCUGGGCGUCCUGAAGUGCCUGAACGAGCACCUGGAGGGGAAGAAGCCGGCCCCGCCGCCCAGCCCUCCCCUGGAGGCCUGGCUGCUCCGCCAACCCCAGGCCCCCCUGACCGUCCAGGAGGUAUGCAAAGCGAACGAGACCUGUGGGAGCUUCUCCGAGUGCGUGUGCGACGAGAAGUGCGAGAAGGAGGCCCUGGACAAGUGGCUCCUCAGGAAGAAGGGGAAGGACAAGAACGGCAUGGCCCUGGAGCAGGCCGGGAGCCCCCCGGAGAAGCCGGGCCCUGCCGCCGACCGCUGGCUCUGCCCGCCCAGGCAGCAGGCGGAGGAGCGGAGGCCCCCCGCUCCGUUCGCGAUCCCCGGCGCCUUUCGGGACACCCCCCUGUCCGACUGGCUUGUCAAGCCAAGGGGUCCCCGGGCGCUCUCCCGGGAAGCGGCCGGCGUGGAAGAGAAAGCAAGCUUUGAGACGGCCUCCUCGGCCAAGGGGACGGCCCCCGGCUCUCUGGCGUCCUGGCGGCUUCCGGCCAAGGACGCGGGCGGAACCGACCGGCCCUCCGCGGAUGCCAAGUGGAUCCUCAGCAAGAAGACCCAGGAACUGCUGGAACAAACGUUUCCUCCGGCAGUUUGCGAUCUCUUUGCCUGUAUGCAGCUCAAAGCUGACAAGGAGAAGUGGCUGUACCGAACCCCUCUACAGAUGUGAAAACCCCUCACGUGACACGGCUGGAGCCAAGCGACCUUCCUGCCGACCGCCGCGCAUCCGUGACCGGGGGGACCGCGGCCCGCCUGCUGCCGUGUCAUUGUUUCUGGGUCUGACCUGCCUUUGUUCUGUUUGCCUUUCCAAACCUGGCACCGCCAAAAAGGAACGCGUUAGUUGCGCGUUACCGAUUUAGUUCCGUGUUAGCGAAUUGUGACAGGGAGAAGAGCUCGUUGGUUGAAGUGAUGCUGAGAUGAAGGUACAGAAGUGUCCCCGUAGCCUUUGCAGGAGUCAGUCUUUUUAAGGCCUUUAGCUUUUGGGAUCACACGGUCCUGGAAAGCAUCGUAGAGCACAGCGCGGUUUCAAAAUGAAAUGCCUCAAGUCGAAAGACGGCUUUCUCUUUCAGAGUAUCGCAGCCCUCGUGGCUCUUCACCUUCCUCCAUCCUUUGCCCUAUUCCAGACUGCUUCCCUUCGUCUUGAAAAUAGUCCAACUAAUUGCAAAUGCUGCCCUCGUUUGCUGUCAGGAUUUUGGAUGUGUGGAUUUUGGAGCUAUCAGAUGAGCGCGUUAGGAAAACCCACCCCGUCACCGGCUGUGGUUCGGGCAAGGAGCCCAGUGUGGCCGUACACGGGCUGAGCUCCAGCUGAAGGUUUUAAGACUUAGAAAAUGCUUGCUGAGGAUUUCAGCUGCGGUUCUUUCAGUUUUGCAACAUCCCGCAAAGGCUCUUAAUUAAGUGAACUAGGUUCGCUUUUUAUCCAGUUUGAGUUACCGAAGUUAAAAAAGCUCAGUUGCUUGACAUCCAUUAAAAUAAGGAAGAGAUCUACAUUUAGUACUUGCCCUACUAAACGAGAUUAUCGGGGCGCUCUGUGUGUCAGGAAUUCCUUCUACUGCCGCACGGCACCACUGACCUUUUCAGCUGGGGCCAACUCACUAAUGUUUCCACUGCAGUCCCAAGCAUCGGCAUACCUCUUAGAUAGAAUUGUUAUUUAAGCCUUUUGUGACAUUUUAUGAAAUAGGUUGGGGAGCAGUCGUGCCUUAGGGUCUUUGAUUAGUUGAGUGAAUUUCCCACAUUUUAAUUAAGCUGUUCCCUGAUUUUUCCGCAGUUCUCCGUGCGACUUUGAAACCUUAAAAGCUACUCAGGGGACAAAGCCUUUUUCUCCUUCUGUGAAGUUGGAGUCCGGGGAGCUUUGGUGCGGCCAAGUUCGCCCGAAAACUCGCUGGGUGAAAGCUGAAGGGAUGCGAGGCAGGGAGCACACCCCGUAAGGGCUUUUAAAGUGGCGGACCACUUUCUAGUCUCCUCAACCCUUGAUAAUCGAAGAACAGCCUGAAAUUGGUUGGCUAGGAUGCUUCCGGGCGGGAAGGGUCUGUACCAUCGAGCAAGUCAGAGCCUGCCGCUAAGUUUUCCCACUUGGGUCAGAUCCCUUCAUUUCAGCAUCCCUUUAGGCUAUUAGAAGUUGGCUAGCGUUUGUCCAUUCUUUGUAACUUAACCCGUGUUAUUACCUUCUCGUUGACUUUUAAUAUGCCGAUUAGUCUGUAAAACAUUGUUUGCAGUAAUGCCUUUUCUACGACUGCUGACUUGCGCAUUAAACAUAGCAGCCACAAA